CGUCCCCUGCAAUAGUUUGGCGGCUCUUUAAAACUUUGCUGACAGCAGAAGGGAAAUGGCUUCUUCAAAUGUGGGAUUUCAUUCUCUUGCCUCCUGCCUUGUGUUUUUCCUGCUCCUGUGGACCUUUGCUGAAGGUGGAAAGCUGUUGGUUAUACCUAUUGAUGGCAGCCACUGGCUCAGCAUGCGGCCGGUUGUGGAGCGGCUCCGACACAGGGGACACGAGAUUGUGGUGCUUGCGCCAGAGAUAAACCUGCGGAUAGGUUUGUCAGGGCAUUAUACCAUGAAAACAUACUCCGUGCCUUACACCAAGGAGUAUGUGGAGGCAGAGUUUAAAAAGCUGGGCCAUAGGAGUUUCACACCUCAACCCUUCUCAGAAAAAUUCUCCAAUUUGGCAAAUAUCUCAUCCAUGUUCUUGGAUUCCUGCAAACGUCUCCUGUCUAACAGAGAGCUGAUCAAAUCCCUUGGAGAAAGCAAAUUUGAGGCUGUCUUUAUGGAUCCUUUUUUUCCAUGUGGACAAAUAGUGGCUGAACAUCUCUCCCUCCCUUCUGUGUACCUCGUGCGGGGACUGCCAUGCAGCCUAGACUUCCACGCUACCCUCUGUCCACAUCCUCCUUCCUACAUUCCCAGGUUCUUCACUCGCUACACGGACCGCAUGGGGUUCCUCCAGCGUGUGGGCAACCUCCUCGCUAGCCUGAGCAGUUCCCUGCCUUGCAGCUUCCUUUAUUCACCAUAUAACAGUCUGAUCAAAGAAUUCCUCCAACGAGAGGCAACAGUGCUUGAGCUCUUAAGCCACGCCUCUAUUUGGCUCAUGAAAUAUGACUUUGUGUUUGAGUACCCCAGACCCUUAAUGCCUAACAUGGUCUUGAUCGGAGGCAUAAGCUGCACUCAGGAAAAAGCAUUAUCUCAGGAAUUUGAAGCUAUUGUGAAUGCCUCUGGAGAACAUGGCAUCGUUGUCUUCUCCCUGGGCUCCAUGGUCUCUGAGAUUCCUAUAAAGAAAGCCAAAGAAAUUGCAGAUGCCUUGGGAACAGUCCCUCAAACGGUUUUGUGGCGAUACACAGGACAGGUGCCCCCCAACCUGCCCAAGAAUGUAAAGCUCGUCAAAUGGCUGCCCCAGAACGACCUUCUAGCUCACCCUAAGACUCGUGCCUUUAUUACCCACGGAGGCUCCCAUGGCAUUUACGAGGGCAUAUGCAAUGCAGUGCCAAUGGUGCUAAUGCCUUUAUUUGCAGACCAGAUGGACAACGCCAAGCGAGUAGAGUCGCGGGGAGCAGGACUGACACUGAACAUACUUGAAAUGACUACAAAGGACAUAUCCACUGCUCUGCAAACAGUUAUUAAUGACAAAAAGUACAAAGAGAACAUCAAGCGUCUCUCAGACCUUCACCUCGACAGGCCCAUCCACCCCAUGGACCUGGCUGUGCACUGGGUAGAAUUUGUAAUGAGACACAAAGGAGCCCCACACCUCCGACCUGCUGCUCAUGACCUGAACUGGAUCCAGUACCACUCCCUGGAUGUCUUCGCCUUCCUCCUCAUCGUGGCCCUCCUCUCCCUCUUCAUUUCUCUGAAGUGCUGCCUGUUCUGCUGCCGCAGAUGCUUCUCUAAGAAGGGAAGAACAGGAAAGCCAACCAAAUCCAAGUCCCACUAGCAGGUGAAACCAAUGGUAGGAGAUAAGCCUCUGCUCCAGACCAGAUGAUCAGAGAACAUCCCAAAUUUCACUGACUGCUGGCUUUUGGUCAAGAAAUAAGAGUUCCUUUAAAUUAGCACCAUGGGAAGGGUUGUUUCACUGGUAUAAUUGUUGCCUUUAAUUAAGAAUUGGUUGUUAAAUUUACUUUGUGUAGGAGUGCUUCAGUCACUUGGGAAGAUAUCAGUGUGAAGUCCAAGGCUUCUGGCUUCCACAUCUUGGCGUACAGAGGACUCACGUUGACUUCUUUUUUUUACCUCUAUAUGCAAUGGAGAGAUAUAUAUAUACAGGGAUUUCAUAAGACUUUGCUUCAAGGGCUUUAGGAGAACCAUCUGCUCUAGUUUAAGGCUGUCAGGUUUACCAAGCACUUUGAAACCUUUGUGUAGCUGCUGUUGUAGAAGAGGCAAAUGUUAUACACUGACGAUACGUGUCACAUAAGCCAGCUAAAUGCACAUCUUCCAUGGGUUUUGUGUGUGCUUACAAUCCCCUGAACAAAACUAAGGUUUUGGCAGGGAAGUCAUUGUAAAGCCACUGGUGUUUCACCCAAGUUCCCCAUGAGGCAGAGUGCUGUAUCUGGAGCUUACCUGUUGGGUGAUCAGAGCUUUGUAAGCAUUGUUUAUAAAACCCAAUUGAUGUACUUGUUGUAAGUGUUGCUCAGGUAAAGACCCAAAGCCCAGCCUUACAAAUAAAUCCCCAGUUCUAACAA